AUGUGGCGAGUUGGAUUGAGACAGCAGUCAAGCGCUGUUCAGCUGCAGUCAUCCAGUAGCGUUAUGAAAAAUCGAGCAAAGGACAACAUCGCUUUUCAGAAGUUAUUGGAGCAAAAGGACUGCUUCAAUUUGAAAAACAAAAUCAAAUGGCAAGAUAUGUACAAAGCAAGAAUGCAUCUGGGACACAAUGUUGUCAUGCGAAAUCCUUUCAUGGAGCCAUAUAUUCUCGGCUGUCGAAAUGGAACCGACAUCAUCGACCUCGAUCAGAGUCGAGCACAACUCAUGAUCGCAUUAAAUUUUGUUGGACACGUGGCUUUACGGGGUGGAACGAUCCUAUUCAUGCCAAAUAGCGAAGGGAGUAAUUCAAGAGCAGCUUUAAAAGCUGCGAAGGAAGCUGGCGAAUAUUGCGAUACUUCCGUCAACGAGCCAAUUUUCCUGAGCGAGAAGGCAGCACGAGUGGAGCCUGAUAUUGUCAUUUUAUUAAACUGUCUGGGUAAAACGCCAGGUGUCCUCCCAAAACAUAUUUCUGGAUGCUGCGAAAGAAAUAUUCCAAUUAUUGGUCUGGUUGACACGGAUAUAAAUCCUUCCAUGAUCUCGUAUCCUAUUCCAUGCAAUGACGAGUCCUCCUUAUCCGUAAAUUACGUUCUCCAGCAGAUGGUCGAUGUGAUAAAAUCCGCCAAAGAUUUACGUAACACCGUUCAAGGAUAUGGAAGUCACAUGGCCCAGUCCAACAUUGAUAAAAAUUUCCACAAUGUCGUUCCUUCAUCCUAUGAUGCUUCGAGUUCAAAUCCGGACGACGCGCUGCCAAAUCCUGAUGCCGAAAGAACCAGUGUCGUUGUCAUGCCUGAAGACGAAGCCUUUGAAAAAGAGGAGAAACCAGAACUAACAGAGGCUCAGAAGGCUUCAAUCAAGAAAAUAAACGACUAUCUCGAUGAGCAGGAAUUGCAUAAUAGUAGCGAGCAAAGGAACUUUGAUGAACUGGGAGUUGAACUUGUUGCAGACUUUGAUUUGAUGAAAAACAUCACGAACGCGCUAAAAUCAGCAGAAAGCGUUGAUGUGAAAGAAAGAGCGCUGGAAGAGCUAGAAUUCUUAGUUCAUCAAAUCGACAAUGCUGCUGACUUGAUGCAGCUCGAUGGCGUGUCGAUCCUCCUCGAUCAUCUUGAAGACGGAGAAAGUGAAACGAUUAAGCGACUCUCAGCAGAAACCAUCGCUGCCGCAGCGCAAGGAAACGCAAAAGUAAAAGUCGAAUUCAUCAAUGGGCGCUCUGUUUCUCGAUUGCUGACGCAAAUCGUCACCGCAAAAAGCCAUGACUGGUCCAAGAAGAUCCUCUAUCCAUUGGGAGCGAUUAUCCGCGAUUUUCCAUACGCGCAGGGUAUUUUCUUUCGUCAUGGCGGAGCACAGGACAAAAACAACACCAAGUUCACGCAAGUUUUGCAGGUGGAAAGGGAGCCAGCAAAUCGCCCCAUAACCCUGAUGAUGUCCUUAUGGACGAAAGUACUCGGAAUAAAACACCACAAAACAUAUAUCUACGAACGUCAAUAUCAACACAUAUAA